AAUCCGAAAGUGGGCUAAAGGAAGGCGGUAGAAUGGCUAUAGGAAAGGGCCCUGAUAGAGGAAUCACAUCCAGACUGUCACAAAUCCUUCUCAUCUACAGAGGUGGGUGUUUGUAAAGCACCUUCAGUUGGAGCAAGAUCGCAAUGACUAUGCGAUCCACUGUGUUCAUGAAUGGAGCACACAGACUGGACGCAAGCCUGAUAGAGCUCAGCAAAAAACAAGCCGGUGCCCAUGAAUCCCCGGUUGCCCUGAAGAAGGAAAGCUGUGAGUUCACCACCCAUGUGCUGAGCACAAUCCAUAACAGUGCGCAACAUCAUCACCAUCCUAACAGCAUAGCAAAGACCAGCUGUCAGAGUUUGUUGUGCAGCCCCGACCAAUUUCCAGCAGGGCAGUGCAUCGGGCAGGAGGAGAACUGGGAGAAGCUGGAGUCCUUGUCACUCCUGUCAGCCAAGCAGAUGGGGGCCGAAGGUUUCCCAGUCAAGAGCAAAUCACUGUUUUGUCAGGGCAGUCACAACCACGUGGGGAGGAUGGAUCCCAUGGUAUCAAAUGGCAGCAGCCAGCGGAGAGAUGGAGGGCCGGUGGGGGGUGUGGCAGUGACGGGGGUCCCCUCACCAGAGAACAGCCCAGAUGGGAAACGUCGGAAUGUGCGAAAAGGCCCCGGCCUAGUGGACACGCAGACCAGCUGCAUCCGACAGAUCCUGUUGCUGCAACUGGAACUGAUUGAACAGCAGCAGAAGCAGCUGCACAACAAGAGCAAAGAGAUUGAUGACCUCAAAGCUGAAAAAGAGAUGCUUAUGGCUCGGAUUGAACGCAUGGAACAUCGGCUGCAGAUGGUGAGGAAAGACGGAAGAGGAUCUCGUCCUUCUCAGACACCUCGCCAUAGGGAACCUGAGGCAGAGAGCAGUGCCUCAGAUGAGGUACAGCAUGCUGAGGGACAGGUCAACACCCUAAAACAAAUGCACUAUGGAAGAGGAGGAAAAUGCCUGAAAAGGAGAUUUCUUUUCCAGGACUCCCGGAUGGGCAGGCGGCGUGGGCAGCCCAAGUCACCACUACCACAGAAGGGCCCAUCUCUGAAGGAGGAAUCUCAGGAGGAGAUCGGGCCUGAAUUACAGUCACAAUCAGAGGAACUGCCUUAUCUGUCUACCACUGAGAUGUACCUAUGCCGUUGGCAUCAGCCACCCCCGUCACCAUGGCGAGACUCCUCCCCUGUGCACGAGGACACAGUUGCAGUUCCUUCCUGGCGAAAGAGCAUCAUAGAGCCCUUGGAUAAGAAAGAUGUAUCGGACAUCCCUGAGAGUCUGGACGAUAAUGUCUUUCUGAAGCGUCAUGCAAAGCUUGAACUGGAUGAGAAGAGACGGAAAAGGUGGGAUAUCCAGCGUAUUCGUGAGCAGAGGAUGUUCCAGCGUUUGCAGCAAAGGAUGAACAACAGGAGGAAGAUCAUUGCGGACAGUGAACCAGAACUGCACUCCUUCUAUCCAGAUCCUGAAGAUGUGGAGUCUAUAAUGAUGACACCUUUUCUGCCAGUGGUGGCUUUUGGAAGACCUCUUCCGAACCUGAAACAGCAAAAUUUUGACUUGCCAUGGCUGGAUGAACGCAGUCGCUGCCGGACAGAGAUGACCAAGAAAAAGACGCCUCAUCGAACGUGUCGCAAAUGAAACUUUCACAAAGCAGACAGAAAGGAUUGCCGUUGUGCACCUCUCAUUGCGGAGUCAACAGGAAACUGCUUCAUUCAUACCAUUCUGUGUGCUGAAGCAAAACCUUGGCCUUGUACUCUCAUCUCUUGUACUUGAUCACAUAGAUUGCACUUUGGAUAUUUUGAAGCAGAUUGUGGGGUGACUUUGGAUCUCCCUGCUUAGCAUCCAUAAGGAAACUGUGUCUUUUGGUUUGUAAUGUUUGAGAAACAAGCUCUCACAACCACAUAUCCAUGAUCACGGUGGCCUCUAUUCUGCAGAAUGUAACGCUUACGUGGUCACAUCGCGUCAUACUUUGCAGGUUAGCUUGAGCAGUAUGGACCAAAGCUUCUACUGUAACACAUCUGUCAAAGAUCUGCCAUAAACUAUCAAAUCUGAUUGCAAAACUGUACAUGCAGCAUUUUUGUUGAUUGCGGUGGGUGGGUUCUCUUAGUCACGUAAAGGAGAAAAAUGGUGGAAAGCCAUUUGAAAAGUAUUUGUUGUAACAUAAGACGUAUGGAAAAUGUUCAAAGUAAAUGUGUAAGAUAGCAAAAGAAAUUAUUUCAAAUAUUAAAACAUUAAAAAUAGGUAUGCCUUGUUUUCUUGCCUGUUUUUGUCAAAACAAGUAAUUUUU